AGAACAACUCUAUAACGUAGUCUGUAAGAGAUCAGAUCGGGAUCGGGGAUUAGGGAGGAUGGAGGCGAAUCGGCCACCGGAAAUCGUGUGGGACGAGAAGGCGCAGAGGUUCGAGACGGAGGACAAAGAGGCGUUCCUCCAGUACCAGAUCAACGACAUCCUCAUCCUCCUCGCCGCACCCGGCGAGGACGGCGAGCAGGAGAAGGCAAAGAAGCUACCGGCGGUGGCGAUGGACAUGGUGCACACGUACGUGCCGAGGAGCAAGAGGGGUUUGGGCCUCGCCGCCCGCCUCUGCGACGCCGCUUUCGCCCACGCCCAGCGCCACUCCAUGCUCGUCGUCCCCACUUGCUCCUACAUCUCUGAGACAUAUCUACCACGAAAUCCUGCUUGGAAUUCGCUGCUCUACAAUGGCGAACUUCAUUCAUCGAUGUGAAGAUCCACCGAUAAGAAUUGUAAGCUAGUGAAAAUAAAUAUAUUCUUUGUCUAAGUUGAAUUAUCUGCGUUACCUCACAAGCUAGAUCACUUCUUGUAGAACCAUAACUCUUAUCAAUGGAAAUAUUCAUGCUCUCUUCUAA